GUCCUGCCUUGCCAUGCCCGGGACGGCAGGGCCGGCCCGGGAGAGCCCGGUGUGCGUGGCGGCUGUCGUGCUGGGUCUCUGCAAUUGCACGUCCGGUGGCUAAGCAGGCUUGGCCGGUAGCCGUACGGCUAUGGCGCGGCUUUUGUUGCCCGCCGGGCUUGCUUUGUUGUUUCCCCUCUCCCCUCAAAAGAAAAAACAAAACGAAAAAACACGGAAUUUUCAUGUUGCUAAACUUGUCAUGUCUCCCUAACCCAUAGGCUUCAGAAGGAUACAAACAACAAAAUGAAUAGUCCCGCUAUUAAGAGAGUAACAAAUGAAAUUAUCAAAUCACCUGAGGACAAACGAGAAUACCGAGGACUGGAGUUGGCAAAUGGCAUUAAAGCUCUUCUCAUUAGUGACCCCACCACAGAUAAGUCUUCAGCAGCACUUGAUGUGCACAUAGGAUCUUUGUCUGAUCCUCCCAACAUUGCUGGGCUUAGUCAUUUUUGUGAGCAUAUGCUGUUCCUGGGAACCAAGAAAUAUCCAAAAGAGAAUGAGUAUAGUCAAUUUCUUAGUGAGCAUGCUGGGAGUUCAAAUGCUUUCACAAGUGGAGAACAUACCAACUAUUACUUCGAUGUGUCACAUGAACAUCUAGAAGGUGCAUUAGACAGAUUUGCCCAGUUUUUCCUGUGCCCUUUGUUUGAUGAAAGCUGCAAAGACAGAGAAGUGAAUGCAGUGGAUUCUGAACAUGAGAAGAAUCUGAUGAAUGAUGCCUGGAGGUUGUUUCAAUUGGAGAAAGCUACAGGAAACCCCAAUCAUCCAUUCAGUAAAUUUGGAACAGGGAACAAACUCACUUUGGAAACUAGACCAACCAAAGAAGGAAUAGAUGUAAGGCAAGAGCUACUGAAGUUUCAUUCUACGUAUUACUCAUCAAAUUUAAUGGCUAUUUGCGUCUUAGGAAGAGAAACCUUGGAUGAGCUGACUUGCUUAGUAGUAAAGUUAUUUUCAGAAGUAGAGAACAAAAAUGUCCCUAUACCAGAGUUCCCUGAACAUCCUUUCCAAGAAGAACAUCUCCGGCAACUUUACAAAGUGGUACCUAUUAAGGACAUUAGAAAUCUUUAUGUUACGUUUCCCAUACCUGACCUUCAGAAGUACUACAAAUCUAACCCUGGCCAUUAUCUUGGUCAUCUGAUUGGGCAUGAAGGCCCAGGAAGUCUUUUAUCAGAGCUUAAAUCCAAAGGUUGGGUAAAUACUCUUGUGGGAGGACAGAAGGAAGGUGCUAGAGGUUUCAUGUUUUUCAUCAUCAAUGUGGACUUGACAGAAGAAGGACUUCUACAUGUUGAAGAUAUUAUUUUGCACAUGUUUCAGUAUAUUCAAAAACUACGUACAGAAGGACCUCAAGAAUGGGUUUUCCAAGAGUGCAAGGAUCUAAAUGCUGUGGCAUUCAGAUUUAAAGAUAAAGAACGACCACGAGGUUAUACCUCAAAGCUUGGAGGAAUGUUGCAUUAUUAUCCUAUAGAAGAAGUAUUGGCUGCUGAAUAUUUGCUUGAAGAGUUCAGACCUGAUUUAAUAGAGAUGGUACUGGAUAAAUUGAGGCCAGAAAAUGUUCGAGUUGCAAUAGUUUCCAAGUCUUUUGAAGGAAAAACUGAUAGAACAGAAGACUGGUAUGGAACACAGUACAAGCAAGAAGCAAUUCCUGAUGAAGUUAUUAAGAAAUGGCAAAAUGCUGACCUGAAUGGGAAAUUCAAGCUUCCAAUGAAGAAUGAAUUCAUCCCAACUAACUUUGAGAUUUUGCCGUUGGAAAAAGAUGCAACCCAGUACCCUGCCCUUGUCAAGGACACUGCUAUGAGCAAACUGUGGUUCAAGCAAGAUGACAAAUUUUUUUUGCCAAAAGCUUGUCUCAACUUUGAGUUUUUCAGCCCAUUUGCUUACGUGGAUCCCUUGCAUUGUAACAUGGCCUAUUUGUACCUUGAACUACUCAAAGACUCCCUCAACGAGUAUGCAUAUGCAGCAGAACUAGCUGGCUUGAACUAUGAUCUCCAAAAUACCAUCUAUGGGAUGUAUCUAUCUGUAAAGGGUUAUAAUGACAAGCAACAUAUCUUGCUCAAGAAGAUCAUUGAGAAAAUGGCUACUUUUGAGAUUGAUGAGAAAAGAUUUGAAAUUAUCAAGGAAGCGUACAUGAGAUCACUUAACAACUUCAGAGCUGAACAGCCUCACCAGCAUGCAAUGUAUUAUCUCCGACUCCUGAUGACAGAAGUUGCUUGGACUAAAGAUGAAUUAAAAGAAGCACUAGAUGAUGUCACUCUUCCCCGCCUCAAGGCCUUUAUAGCUCAGCUGUUGUCACGGUUACAUAUUGAAGCUCUUCUCCAUGGCAAUAUAACAAAACAAGCUGCAUUAGGAAUUAUGCAGAUGGUUGAGGACACUCUCAUUGAGCACGCUCAUACAAAGCCACUCCUUCCCAGUCAGCUAGUGAGAUACAGAGAAGUGCAACUUCCUGACAGAGGGUGGUUUGUCUAUCAACAGAGAAAUGAAGUUCAUAACAAUUGUGGUAUUGAAAUAUAUUACCAGACAGACAUGCAGAGCACUUCUGAGAAUAUGUUUUUGGAGCUCUUUUGUCAGAUUAUCUCAGAACCAUGCUUCAAUACACUGCGCACCAAGGAACAGUUAGGUUACAUUGUGUUCAGUGGUCCACGUCGGGCAAAUGGCAUACAAGGACUAAGAUUUAUUAUCCAAUCUGAAAAGCCACCACACUAUUUAGAAAGCAGAGUUGAAGCAUUCUUAAAAACUAUGGAGAAAUGUAUAGAAGACAUGACAGAAGAGGCCUUUCAAAAACACAUCCAAGCUUUAGCAAUUCGUCGUCUAGACAAACCAAAGAAGCUGUCUGCAGAAUGUGCUAAAUACUGGGGGGAAAUAAUUUCCCAGCAGUAUAACUUUGACAGAGAUAACAUUGAAGUGGCUUAUCUAAAGACCCUGACCAAGGAAGAUAUUAUACAGUUCUACAAGGUGCUGUUAGCAAUAGAUGCUCCCAGAAGACACAAGGUAUCAGUACACGUGCUUGCCAGGGAAAUGGAUUCCUGCCCUGUUGUUGGAGAAUUUCCAUGCCAAAACGAUGUGAACCUGGCACCAGCACCACCACUACCACAGCCAAGUGUGAUUGAAAAUAUGACAGAAUUCAAGCGCAGUCUGCCGCUCUUUCCGCUGGUGAAACCACAUAUCAAUUUCAUGGCUGCAAAACUGUGAAGAACCCCAAUGGAUGGAGUCAUGCAGAUGAUCAGUACUGGCGUGGUUUCAGGGGAAUGUCAUGAUGAACAUAAUUAUUAAAGAUCAUUAGGAUAAGUGGUUCUAUCCUUUAUGAUAAAAGUCCCAAAAUCUUUCUUGGUUCAUUUGACAUUAGCUGUAUGUUAGGGAUAGAGAGUACGUGAAAAUCAGUUGUGGUCAUGUGACAUUUAUAUUACAGACAACCUGUUGAAAAUCAAAAUCAACUGAAACAGUAAUAAUGAAAAACUUGUAGAUGCAGUAUAUUUUUAAAAUAAUAUAUCCCCACAAAUUUUCAUUUUGUUAAAUUAGCCCUCCAGAGCAAACAAAAUUGCCUGAAAUAUCCUUGUUACUUCUGAAGAACACUGUUUAGUGUCCCAAUAUUUAUCUUACUGGGGCCUGGAGGGAAUGAGAAAAGUAGGUCUUUUUUGGGAUGGGGUCAGAAAUUUUUCUUAAAAAUAGAGACUUUCACAUUUUUUUUAAGUGACAUAUUGAAUGACACCUUUUUUAAUUGAUCCGUAAUGCAACCAACAUAUUUUCUAUUUAAGUUUUAUGAAUGCCAUUGAUGGAAAAAUAAAAAGGAAAUUGACAGCAUAGUAGUAAGUGAGUGAAUUGUCUUAAUGAGAAUAACUGAAUAUAUGGGCAUGAUUUUAAUCUUUCUAUACAAAUUUAGAAUAAUUUUAUAUUAAAACUGGUAAAAUGCUGGAAACACUUUAUAAUGCAUCUUAUUUUUGUUAUCAAAAGUGUUGUCCCAGUUCCUGAUACUGUCAGCAUCCUGUUUUUCAGUGUUCCUGCGAACUGUUUCCAUUUGAUAUAUGAAAUACUUUAGUUGGUGUCCUUUUUUGUUUUCAGUUAUAUAUGUGCAGAUCGAGAAGUAAGUCUAUUUGCCUCAUUUUUAAUGUUAGGUCCCAGUCCAUCAGAGUAUUUACAGCACAGUGCAAAUAACUUUUAAGUACAUAUUCUUGAUUCAAGAACGGGUGAGUGUCAAAUACGGACCCUGUAAUGAAUCAGAUACGUUCCUGUUCUGGUACAUCUGUGUGGAUCCUUGUCCUUCAGGAGGGCAUUUGGGAUGGGACAAGACAGUACUGGGUGUGCAGUACUGCUAUAGCACAGUGUGGUUCAGGUUACAUCACAAAAUGUUCCUUCUUUAAAGGAGCCUAUGCAAAACCCAGAAGGAUCAAGAAUUAUGCUGGAAUAAUAUAUGUGUGUGUGUAUAUUCCCUAAGUUAGUAAAUUGGUAAAAAACUAUAUAUAAACUAAUCUUCACCAAGUUUACUGACUCCUGCAGAGUGGUCUUGUGCUUGGGACAGCCCCAAAAUAGAAAAAGGUAAGGGGAGUAUCUUACUAAUACCUAUGUUCUCCUACCUGUUUUAACACAUGAAGUUGAUUGUAAUUAUUGAGACAGGCCAAAGUAUGCAAAGCACUGAAGCUACAAAAUCUGCUCAUCAGGGUGUUACUGAGAGUUUGCUUAUUAGAAGAACCUGAAACUAAGACCCUGUUGUGAUACACGUUAUCAUACAUCAGAAUCCUGGUAUAUUCAGUAGGGCUGUUCCUGUCUUGGAAGAAUGUUCUUUAUUAGACCGGCUCUAAAGCCAAAUUAAAUGAAUGCUUGACAAGGUAAGGGCCUUAAAUUGUUUUUAUCUGAGAGUGUCUUCUAGUUGAAAAAUACAGUGUAUUUGAAGGUUGUUUUAAAGGUUAAGGGUGUAUAUUUCAACAUCUUUUUAAUAAAUCUGAUGAUUGCGACGUAACCUGUUGCCAGGGAAGGCCACUAUCAAUUUUUCUGUAGCCUGAGGAGAAAAAAAAAUUAAAUAAUAAUAUAAGCAAAAAAAGUAAAAAUGUCUCUUUUCACCACAUUUUUCAUGGAUCCCUCAUAUAAAAUGGGCCUUUUACCCUCUUGAAUUUUGCUUGUUUAUAGUUUUCCUUUAGUAAAAGUAUUUGUAUUAUAUAUAUAUUAAAAGUUUUGACAACAUAUUAUAAAAAAUAUAUUUUGGGAUUAAGUAUUUAAACAUACCACUCUUAUGGUGAAUAAAAUGAAAUGGCUUCUAUUGUGUGUAAAAAUAAAUGUAUAUAUGUUCAUGGAGUUCAUAUCAACUCUAAUUUUAACAAAUUAUAUAAAUAAAUUGGAAUGGCAGUGUAUUUAACACAACCUCACAAACCAUGUUUUCCAGAGGAAAAAGUGUAGAAUUUCAAAUUUCUGUAACUGGAUGUGGAAACCUCUGUAGUUUUCCAGCAGCUCUUAAUUGCUUUUAAGUGUUCUCCAGCAUUUUACAGUUUCUGAGUUUGAUACAGCAGUAAAUUUCAAUAAACUCAGGCAUACUAAUGGGUUCAUUUUAAUGGACCCAAAGCUGCAGUGUCUACAAGCAAUAAAAAACUACCUAGAAUACACUGUAAUUCAAUUUUAGUGCUUGUUAAUUAGUUUAUGUAAGAAACCAUAAAUUAUUAUUACAUAACUGUAAUUUUUGCAAGUGCUAUUUUAAGCAGUUGAUGUGGAAUUGGGUGCAUGUGACACAGCCAGUAUGACAGAGUGCUAGAGUUAUACUGUUUACAAUAAACAAUCUGAAUUUAA